AUGGCCAAGACUAUCAAGUUAUGGCCAAUGCUAUCAAGUAAUAUGGCCAAGACUAUCAAGUUAUGGCCAAUGCUAUCAAGUAAUAUGGCCAGAACUAUCAAGUUAUGGCCAAUGCUAUCAAGUAAUAUGGCCAAGACUAUCAAGUUAUGGCCAAUGCUAUCAAGUAAUAUGGCCAGAACUAUCAAGUUAUGGCCAACGCUAUCAAGUAAUAUGGCCAAGACUAUCAAGUUAUGGCCAAUGCUAUCAAGUAAUAUGGCCAAGACUAUCAAGUUAUGGCCAACGCUAUCAAGUAAUAUGGCCAGAACUAUCAAGUUAUGGCCAAUGCUAUCAAGUAAUAUGGCCAGGACUAUCAAGUUAUGGCCAAUGCUAUCAAGUAAUAUGGCCAGAACUAUCAAGUUAUGGCCAAUGCUAUCAAGUAAUAUGGCCAGGACUAUCAAGUUAUGGCCAAUGCUAUCAAGUAAUAUGGCCAGAACUAUCAAGUUAUGGCCAAUGCUAUCAAGUAGCAGCCUAUGUUAA